AUGCGGGACAAUCCAGGAGGGCUGGGAGCCCUUUUUGUUUCAAUCUUUGGUUGUUGUUUCUUGUCUUUGCCAUUCAAAAGCCAACCGCCUUUGACAGGUCUUGAAGGCAGUCUCGGUGGUCUCGUUAUCCAAGAUGCGGCGGAGAAAGACGCUACCCCGAAGACUGUAGACAACCCAACGCCUGACGAAAGCCCUGACGGCGCUACGGCUGACCAAGAUACUCACCAGGGGACUGCAGACAACCAAGUGGGAAGCUCAGCGUCUGACGUAGAUGAAAGCGAAGAUCAACCCGCUCACAGGUCACCCCUGCGUCGUGAUAGUAGAUUUUAUACUUUAAAACACCGUGAAUUCAUCCGAGUGCCCAUGGGCACGAAACUGGUUGACGAAUUACCAGGUAUCGACAGGACUGCUACGGCCAAUCUGGAGACAUCGCGUAUCACCCGAGCCUCGCAGAUCUUCGACCGAUACCAGGCGGUAGAAAGGGAUUGCGCACGUUUUAAGGCCGAGAUGUGGACACUCGGCAACGUGAACGAGCUCAACGCUGAAGGUUGUUACAAGGCUCUACAUGCAUAUAACGAUAAGUUCAAAGCUCAAAAGGAGGGCUAGGGCAUUUGAGCAAGGGUCAGUUGUCUUUUUGCUGACCUUUUAAAGCUUUCUUCCCUCAAAUGAUUUGCUUUGACCUCCGCAUAGACCAAAUUCCAAGUACAAUAAUGACGUUCGUUCUUCGUCAUUUGUGAUUGCAAACCCUCCUUGCAAGUCGUUUCCAGCUUCUUUUCCAAUUCCACCCUACUGUACUUAUUGUUAGUUUUUCAAUGUGCACUAAUGCAUGUUUGCCUGCAUAUGUAUACGCAUGUGUGUGUGUGUGUGUGUGUGUGUGUGUGUGUGUGUGUGUUUGUGUGCCACGUGGUGCAGCGGUAUGUCUAGCGAUUUCCAAUCGAUUCCUGAUGAUUGUGAUCACACACAUCUUUUUCCUCUUUCUCAGACUCCUCCUGAUCUUUUCUUUCA